GCCUCCAGGAGCGGCGUCUCCCUCCCCGCCUUCGGUCUCCAUAGCGACGCGCCGACGCCGCCCCGCCCACAAAAGGCCUGCGUGCGGCGCAGUCCGGCUUCCGGCAGAGGCGAAGGAGGAAGCAAGAGCGCAGGGAGCCGCCAGCGCCCCAAUGGCCAGCAGCUAUAAGGCCGCGGACUCCAAGCGGGAGCAGUUCCGCCGUUACCUGGAGAAGUCCGGCGUGAUGGACACCCUCACCAAAGUGUUGGUGGCCUUGUACGAGGAGCCCGAGAAGCCCAACUGUGCCCUGGGCUUCCUGAAACAUCAUUUGGGAGCAGCUGCUCCAGAAAAUCCUGAAGUGGAGGCUCUUCGCUUGGAAGUAGCAGAACUGAAAGAAAAAUAUGAGGCUGUGCUAGAAGAAAACAAAAAAUUAAAAGCAAAGAUUGCUCAGUAUGAGCCACCACAAGAAGAGAAACGGGGAGAAUAAAGUGCUUUCAUUCUGUUUAAAUAAAAUAUUAUUGUAGCAUC